UGGCUACAGGUAAGAACACAGGUAGUCAGCUGAUUGUGUCGAGCAUCACGUUCGGUAUUUACCUGAAACCCAACUUGAGGAGUCCGUUAGCAGAUUUAGUUGACGCUGAGGCUUAUUUGUGCUGCGAAACCUGACGGAAUGUCACCGCAGUUACAGUUUCUUGCCAUUUAUUGGUACAUAACAAGCAUUUUUGCUUACGCCCAAGGUUGUGGCCGACCACCAUUAGUGGAGAGCAGGAUUGUGGGAGGAGUAGACGCCACCAACGGGGCUUGGCCUUGGCAGGUGGACAUACAGACAGCCGCUGAGGGUCAUAUCUGUGGAGGCUCCCUCAUCUCAGACAGCUGGGUCGCAUCAGCAGCUCACUGUUUUCCCAAUCCAAGUGAUGUGAGCUCUUACAUCAUCUACGUUGGUCGAUUCCAGCUGAAUGCUGACAAUCCGUACAUGUCAUCUCGUCGUGUGGUCCAGGUGUUGAUCCCAUCCGGUUACACUGAACCUCAGACUGGACGUGAUUUGGCACUGGUGCAGCUGUCUAGCCCAGUAUCCUGGUCAGAUCAUGUCCAUCCUGUUUGCUUACCUGCAUCUUACAUCUCAUUCCCAAGUGGCACCAUCUGCACUGUCACCGGUUGGGGGAACAUCCGGCAAGAUGUGCCUCUGCAAGGAGUCGGGACUCUGCAGGAAGUGCAGGUGCCAAUCAUUUCCCAGAGUUCAUGUCAGCGGAUGUACCAGCAGAGUGGAGCACAGGUGGACAUCCUGUCUGACAUGAUCUGUGCUGGAUACCAGGAGGGCGGCAAGGACUCCUGCCAGGGUGAUUCGGGAGGGCCUCUUGUCUGCAAGAUGUCAAAUGGGACCUGGGUGCAGGCCGGGGUGGUGAGCUUUGGAGAGGGCUGUGCUAACGCAAACCAGCCAGGUGUAUAUGCCAGACUGACCAGCUACUCAAGCUUCAUCAGCAGCUACAUACCAGAGAUCAAACUGUAUGACCGAGCUGACCAGAAGUGGUCUGAGAGGACUGUUGUGUUGGUUUUCUGUCUGUCCACUCUACUGAUCCUACUUCAGACAUAAACCACUUUGAAAACUGG